UUCCAGCAGCCCUGGCUCACUCCUGCCCACCCUCUCAUCUGUUCCUCUCACCCUCUGUCCCUCCACUGUCCUGCAUCAUGGGGACUGCCUCAGGCCCCCACCUGCUGCUCUUGCUGCUGGCCAGCCUCUCCCUGGCCCUGGGGGAUCCCAUGUACUCCAUGAUCUGCCCCAAUAUCCUGCGGCUGGAGAAUGAGGAGACCAUAGUGCUGGAGGCCCACGAAGUGCAAGACAACGUUGCAGUCACAGUCACUGUCCACGACUUCCCGGCCAAGAAGCAAGUGCUAUCCAGUGAGAAGACUGUGCUGUCCAGCGCCACAGGACACUUGGGCAAUGUCACCAUCAAGAUCCCUGCCAGCAAUGAGUUCCGAUCAGGCAAAGGGCGCAAGUUCGUGACAGUGCAGGCAAACUUCGGGGCUACGCAGGUGGAGAAAGUGGUGCUGGUCAGCCUUCAGAGCGGGUACCUCUUCAUCCAGACAGACAAGACCAUCUACACCCCAGGCUCCACAGUCCUCUAUCGGAUCUUCACCGUUGACCACAAGCUGCUGCCCGUGGGCCGGACUGUUACCGUCACCAUUGAGACCCCAGAAGGCAUCCCCAUCAAGCGAGACACUCUGUCUUUUUACAAGUAUGGCAUCUUGCCCCUGUCUUGGAACAUCCCCAAACUGGUCAACAUGGGGCAGUGGAAGAUCCGAGCCUACUACGAACACUCCCCGCAGCAGGUCUUCUCUGCUGAGUUUGAGGUGAAGGAGUAUGUGCUGCCCAGUUUCGAGGUCUUAGUGGAGCCCGCUGAGAAAUUCUACUACAUUGAUGACCCAAAGGGCCUGGAAGUCAGGAUCAUUGCCAGGUUCUUAUAUAGGAAGAAUGUGGAUGGAACAGCCUUUGUCAUCUUUGGGGUCCAAGAUGGCGACCAAAGGAUUUCUCUGGCCCAGUCCCUCACCCGCAUUGUGAUCGAAGACGGUGUUGGGGAGGCCGUACUGAAACGACAGGUGCUACUGGAAGGGGUGCAGCCCUCCAGGGCUGAUGCCCUGGUGGGGAAGUCCUUGUACGUGUCUGUCACUGUCAUUUUGCACUCAGGCAGUGACAUGGUGGAAGCAGAGUACAACGGAAUCCCCAUCGUGACCUCUCCAUACCAGAUCCACUUCACCAAGACACCCAAGUACUUCAAGCCAGCCAUGCCCUUUGACCUCAUGGUGUUUGUGACAAACCCCGACGGCUCCCCGGCCCGCCGUGUACCCGUGGUGACCCAGGGCAAUGACGUGCAGUCUCUCACCCAAGACGAUGGUGUGGCCAAACUAAGCAUCAACACGCCCAACAGUCGGCAGCCCCUCACCAUCACGGUGCGCACCAAGAAGGAGGGGAUCCCGGAGGCACGGCAAGCCACCAAGACGAUGCAGGCCCAGCCCUACAGUACAAUGCACAAUUCCAACAACUACCUACAUCUCUCUGUGCCUCGUGUCGAGCUCAAGCCAGGAGAGAUCCUCAAUGUCAACUUCCACCUGCGCACAGAUGCUGGCCAGGAAGCCAAGAUCCGUUACUACACCUACCUGGUCAUGAACAAGGGGAAGCUGCUGAAGGCAGGUCGCCAAGCUAGAGAGCCCGGCCAGGACCUGGUGGUCCUACCUUUGAGCAUCACUUCGGAUUUCAUUCCUUCUUUCCGCCUGGUGGCUUAUUACACGCUGAUUGGUGCCAGUGGCCAGAGGGAGGUGGUGGCCGACUCUGUGUGGGUUGAUGUGAAAGAUUCUUGUGUGGGCACGCUGGUGGUAAAAGGUGGCGGGAAAGAUGAUCGGCAGCCUCUACCUGGGCAGCAGAUGACCCUCAAGAUAGAGGGUGACUAUGGGGCCCGCGUGGGGCUGGUGGCUGUGGACAAGGGCGUGUUUGUGCUGAACAAAAAGAAUAAGCUGACUCAGAGUAAGAUUUGGGAUGUGGUGGAGAAGGCAGACGUUGGCUGCACCCCUGGCAGUGGGCAGGACUAUGCGGGUGUCUUCAAGGAUGCAGGUCUGGCCUUCAAGACCAGCAAAGGCCUGCAGACCGCCCAGAGGGCAGAAACCGAGUGCUCAAAGCCAGCCGCCCGCCGCCGCCGCUCUGUGCAGCUCAUGGAGAAGAGGAUGGACAAAGUUGGUCAGUACAAGAGCAAGGAGCUGGGGAAGUGCUGCGAGGACGGUAUGCGUGACAACCCGAUGCGGUUCACCUGCCAGCGCCGAGCUCGCUUCAUCUCCCAGGGGGAGGCGUGCGUGAAGGCCUUCAUGGACUGCUGCACCUACCUCGCCCAACUGCGCGAGCAGCACUGGCGCGAGGGCAAGCUGGGCCUGGCCAGGAGUGAGCUGGAUGAGGACAUCAUCCCAGAAGACAUCAUAUCUAGGAGCCAGUUUCCAGAAAUCUGGCUGUGGACCAUAGUAGAACUGAGAGAACCAGAGAAGAAUGGAAUCUCCACGAAGAUCAUGAACAUCUUUCUGAAAGACAGCAUCACCACGUGGGAGAUCCUGGCUGUGAGCUUGUCAGACAAGAAAGGGAUCUGUGUGGCAGACCCCUACGAGAUCACGGUGAUGCAGGACUUCUUCAUCGACCUGCGGCUCCCCUAUUCGGUGGUGCGCAAUGAGCAGGUGGAGAUCCGAGCCAUCCUCUACAACUAUCGUGAAAAGGACAGCCUCAAGGUGAGGGUUGAACUGCUCCACAACCCAGCCUUCUGCAGCCUGGCCACCGCCAAGAAGCGCCACUACCAGACCGUGGUCAUCCCGCCCAAGUCCUCGCUGCCCGUGCCUUAUGUCAUCGUGCCCUUGACUAUCGGCCUGCAGGAGGUGGAGGUCAAGGCCGCGGUCUACAACCACUUCAUCAGCGACGGUGUCAAGAAGACCCUGAAGGUCGUGCCUGAAGGAAUCAGAGUGAACAAAACAGUGGCCGUUCGCACGCUGGAUCCAGAACACCUUGGCCAAGAGGGAGUGCAGAGAGAGGAUGUGCCACCAGCAGACCUCAGCGACCAAGUCCCAGACACCGAUUCUGAGACCAGGAUUCUCCUGCAAGGGACCCCGGUGGCCCAGAUUACAGAGGACGCUGUGGAUGGGGAGCGCCUGAAGCAUCUCAUUGUGACCCCCUCGGGCUGCGGGGAACAGAACAUGAUCGGCAUGACGCCCACCGUCAUCGCUGUGCACUACCUGGACCAAACUGAGCAGUGGGAGAAGUUUGGCCUGGAGAAGCGGCAGGAGGCCCUGGAGCUCAUUAAGAAAGGGUACACCCAGCAGCUAGCCUUCAAACAACCCAGCUCGGCCUAUGCUGCCUUCCUGAACCGCGCACCCAGCACCUGGCUGACAGCCUAUGUGGUCAAGGUCUUCUCUCUGGCGGUCAACCUCAUUGCCAUCGACUCCCAAGUCCUCUGUGGGGCUGUUAAAUGGCUGAUCUUGGAGAAGCAGAAGCCCGACGGAGUCUUCCAAGAGGAUGGGCCCGUGAUACAUCAAGAAAUGAUUGGUGGCUACCGGAAUGCCAAGGAAGCUGAUGUGUCCCUCACCGCCUUCGUCCUCAUCGCCCUUCAGGAAGCUAAAGAUAUUUGCGAGGGGCAGGUCAACAGCCUAGGAGGCAGCAUCACCAAAGCAGGAGACUACCUUGCGAACAGUUACAUGAACCUGCAGAGGCCGUACACUGUGGCCAUUGCCGGCUAUGCCCUGGCACAGAUGGGCAAGCUGGAGGGCCCCCUCCAAAAUAAGUUUCUAAACACGGCCAAAGAUCGGAACCGCUGGGAGGAGCCGGGUCAUCAGCUUUACAAUGUGGAGGCGACAUCCUAUGGCCUCCUGGCCCUGCUGCAGCUCAAAGACUUUGACAGUGUGCCUCCCGUCGUGCGCUGGCUCAAUGAGCAGAGAUACUAUGGUGGCGGCUAUGGCUCCACCCAGGCCACCUUCAUGGUGUACCAAGCCUUGGCCCAAUACCAAACAGACGUCCCUGACCACAAGGACUUGAACAUGGAGGUGGCCAUCAACUUGCCCAGCCGCAGCUCCCUGGUCAAAUUUCGCCUUCUCUGGGAAUCUGGUAAACUCCUGCGGUCAGAAGAGACCAAGCAAAAUGAGGGCUUCUUGUUAACAGCUAAAGGGAAAGGCCAAGGUACCCUCUCGGUGGUGACCAUGUACCAUGCCAAAGUCAAAGGCAAAGUCACCUGCAAGAAAUUUGACCUGAGGGUCACCAUAAGACCAGCCCCUGAAACAGUAAAAAAGCCCCAGGAUGCCAAGAGCUCUAUGGUCCUGGAUAUCUGCACGAGGUACCUGGGAGACGAGGAUGCCACCAUGUCCAUCCUGGAUAUAUCCAUGAUGACUGGCUUCGUUCCUGACACAAGUGACCUUGAGCUGCUGAGCACUGGCGUGGACAGGUACAUCUCCAAGUAUGAGCUGAGCAAAGCCUUCUCCAACAAGAACACCCUCAUCAUCUACCUGGACAAGAUCUCACACUCCGAGGAAGAAUGUCUGUCCUUCAAAGUCCACCAGUACUUUAACGUGGGGCUCAUCCAGCCCGGGUCCGUCAAAGUCUACUCCUACUACAACCUGGAGGAAACCUGUACCCAGUUCUACCACCCUGAGAAGGAAGAUGGUAUGCUGAGCAAGCUGUGCCACAAGGACAUGUGUCGCUGUGCAGAGGAGAACUGCUUCAUGCACCAGAUGGACGAGAAGAUCACCCUCAAUGAACGGCUGGACAAGGCCUGUGAGCCCGGAGUGGACUAUGUGUACAAGACCAAGCUGGCUACCAUCGAGCUGUCAGAUGACUUUGAUGAAUAUGUAAUGGUCAUCGAACAGGUCAUCAAGUCAGGCUCCGAUGAGGUGCAGGCAGGGCAGGAACGCAGGUUCAUCAGCCACAUCAAGUGCAGAGAAGCCCUGAAGCUGCAGCAAGGGAAGCACUACCUCAUGUGGGGUCUGUCCUCUGACCUCUGGGGAGAAAAACCCAACACCAGCUACAUCAUCGGGAAGGACACGUGGGUGGAGCUCUGGCCUGACGCAGAGGAAUGCCAAGAUGAGGAGAACCAGAAACAGUGCCAGGACCUUGGCGCCUUCACCGAGAGCAUGGUGGUCUUUGGUUGCCCCAACUAACCACACCUCCAGCUCCUCCAAUAAAGCUUCAGU